ACCACCACCAACCUCGAUCGCAUUCUUCCCACUCCUCCUCCUCCGCCACGCCUCACUGCACCUGCAGCCUCUGUUUUUUUCCCCCUUUGGCCUGCUCACCACUCAGCCCUCUUCGCGAGCCUCGAAAUAUUGACUUGAUUGCUUCCAUUGUCCACCAGUGUGAGAGCGAUACACGCCCAGCGACGAUACUACGAGAAAGCCGGCUUUGUAUCGUCUCUCGUCACCGCUUCGAUACCGACCUCUCUCGUCUCGCCUUCCGUCUGUUUUCCCCCUUCGGCGCUACGACACGCCACUGCGCUUUGGACGACAAGACUUUCUGCACGCUCGUGUAGCGUCGUUCUCUCUAUGAGGAAUGCCCAGCCUCAACUCCCCGGGAGACAAGAAAGGCUCGUCCUUUGCGCGACGAAUUAGCCUUCCCCGACGAUCCUCUUCUUCCGAUACCACAACGACCCCCGCGGCUGCCGCCAACGCCGCCGAGCGCAACGCGCCUCCGCCGAGUCCUCGUCAUGGAAUAGGCGCCGAGUCGCCAGCUGCUGCCAAAGCGCGACCAGCCAUGCCCGCCCCAAACUCGCAAUACCCUCCUGGCCGCGGCCACCCGAGCCCAAGCCCGCGUACUGUGAGCUUUGCCGAUGACCUCGCCACUCGCAAAAACACCAAAGCCGGCCCGCCGAACCAGCACCCGCCCACGAACACUGACGACGUCGCUUUGCCCCACGUCGACUCGCAGCAGCAGCUCAACCAAUACCGAGAACAGCUCGCCCGCGAUCUCGAGCGACGUGAGCUCGCCAACAGAGGUCCCGCCACCGACCACGCCAGCAAGAGUCGCGUUUCGCCGAUCCAGGAGGAGGAGGCUGCUGCUGCUGCCGCUGCCGCCGCCGCCGCUGCCGAACAUGUUGCCAGCGUUGCGUCCAUCUUGAGUUCGCCCCAUGCCUUGAGCUCCGGACGGGCCUCUGUCGCGUCUACGGAAUCCGGCAACACCAUCCGCGGCGGCAUGACCCCGGGCUACGUCGCCGCUACGCCGUCGUACCCCUUCCCCCGGAUGACGACGCCAGGCAUGGGCCCGGGCUUCAUGCACCGUCCUUUUGCCAACCUCUCGCCUUCGACUCUCAACUUCAUGUCCCAGACCAUGUCCUUUGACCACUUUGCCCACGACAAGGUCCUGUCCAACUCGUCGACGCCGGCGUCCACCAUGACCUUCCACCCCUCGGGCGCCACGCAGCAGCAGGACUACGGCGAUUACCCCACGCCACACCUCUACGACCUCUCUCUGAUGCUGGGCGCCGAGCCCGGCUUGGAAGCCUGGUGGGGCACCGUUGUCCAGAUCCUGCGCGACGUGUACAAGGCCGAGAGAGUGACCCUCGCCGUGCCAGCUGACAGCACAGAUAUCGAGAAUGUCCCGUGGGGUCAGAAAGCAACAUACAACGAGCAUGAAGAGGAUGAACUGAGUCUUGGCUACAUGGCCCGCGGUAGUAGCCUUGUGCCCAGCAGUGCUGACGAGCUCUCGCAAGCCACACCAGCCUCCAACGACUCUUUGCGACCACAGUCCCCAGCACGGCCCGGAUUACACAGCCGCCAUUCCUUCACCUCGUACGAGAACAUCCGAGACCCUGCGGCGGCGGCGGCGGCGGGUGCCGCUCAACAGCCGCCGAGCCGUCGACCCUCCCACUUGUUCCGGAGCCAGAGCUAUUUCCCGCCCGGCCGCACACCUGACGAUUUCCAGCACGGCAGCAAUAACCCGACGCUGAACCAAGCCUCUCUGGCGGAGCACAACGCCGAGGACGAACAGGCGCCUGGCUGGGAAGAGCCCGCCGGGUAUCCAAAGGACGGGAAGGGCAGGGUGCUUCCUAUGCUGCAGGCUCUGGAUUUCGAAGCCGACCCACUCAUCGACCACAGUGGCAUCACGAGGGUGCUCGAACGAGGCAAGGUCAUUGCCCUGACACGCAGCUAUCCUUACCUGCAAAACCUGCCGUCAGAACCCCCUGCCGCUACUAAGCCGGGUGAUCCUAGCCCUGGGCCCGCCAAGGCACCAGAAGCCGCGGCGAAGAAGAAACGGCCGAAAAGACCUCUGGGCGAAUCCAGCACCACCAAGCUGUCGAUGCUCCUGGGUGGUGUCGCACACCUCGGUGCUGAGAAGGCCCCGCCGUCAAGCAAGAUCUCGCGUCUUGACCAAGAGAGCCCGAAACCCCCGACGCCGCAGUACGAAGAGUAUGAGCAGGCACCACCGUCGCCGUGGUCACAGUCGCCUGCCCCUUCGCCUGCCAUUCGAUCCGACACGAAGGAAAACCCCUUUUUCGCCGACGCCAUGGUGGACGAGGACUCCUUCAACCCAACCUCGGUACCAGAAGACUACACUGCCAUGCCGCCACCGGAGGCUAUCGGCGUUGAGAAUUCGUGGACCGUGCUGCACAUCCCCUUGACGCAUCUGCUCCUCUCCGAACCUCACCGCCCGUUCAAGCUUGACAACGCUGCUUUGGAGCACAAGUCACACACCCGCGCACAUGGCAUCGGCAAGGUUGAGGGCCAGCCGCCUACGCCUGACGGCUCACGCCGGAAAUCCAAAUCGACACCCAUUGCCAUUCUUUCGAUUCUGACGCCAGUCUUGCCGUACCCUUCCAACCUUCGACACUCCUUGGAACAUCUCGCGCCCCACAUGGCGACGUCAUUCUCACUCGCUCGUCACUACACCAACCUAGAGACUGAGCUCGCCGGCAUGCAACGGCGACGGCCUGCGACGGCUGGCUUUGGCGCCAUUCACAGUGAUGGACGACCACUGAUGAACCCCUCGAACAUGGCCAGCUUCAAUUUCAUGUCUUCCGAGGACAUUGCCAUGCCCAACUCUCUUGCAGACAGCCUGACUAGCCCCAGCGAUUACUCUGGCCUGUCCAAGAGUGCGACCGGAUCGCCCAGCGGCACGCCCAACUGGGAUCAGAGCUCCCUGGGUAUGGUCAUGGAUGCCAGGACAGGCUCGAGCCCGGCACAGAUGGCUGGCGACAGCUACUUUAGCACGCGAACAAAGUCCAACCUCUCCAGGGCCGAGUCUACGUCCAAGAGCAGCAUGCCGAGGUCUCGGAGCGGCUCCAAAGAUUCACCACCGUUGGAGAAACGUCUGGUCCGGCAGCCUUCCGGCAGAACUGCUCCCCAGGAUGGCACGCCGCGACCCGAAGCCCACGCGAGGGAGGCUGCAGGCGAGGGACAAACGUCGAGGAAAGGGUCGGUGGCCGAUGAAGAGUCUGCAGGGGUACCUGAAGCGCGUGCAAUGAAAACGCCAGAGGCAAACCAGUCUCGCCACACGCUGUUGCAUUCCUAUGGAGCCGAUUUCGCGACCAGCUUCCAGUCGCUACCCCCAAGCUCCAGUGUUGUCAGCAAGCCCACUGCUUACAAUCCCCCCUCUCGCGGCGCUUCCAUCUCGUCUGGUCCAGUGGAUAUGCCGCCGCCUUCCGACCGGCUCAAGGGCCUCAUGCUUGACGCCCUUCCCGCCCACGUCUUCGUCUCUCUGCCUCAGUCUGGUGAGGUGGUCUGGGUCAACAGUCGUUAUCUGACGUAUCGCGGCCAAACCGUUGCGGAUCUAGCAGCUGAUCCCUGGGGUAGCAUUCACCCAGAAGAUCGUGAUGAUUACCUGAAGGCGUGGGGUCAUUCUCUGCGCACGGGGGAGCAGUUCUCGAGAACAGUUCGAAUCAAGCGAUUCGAUGGCGCCUACCGCUGGUUCUACGCCCGAGCUGUCGCCUCGAGGGACAAGCGAGGCGUGCUCAUGCAAUUCCUGGGUUCGUAUAUGGACAUUCAUGACCAGCACAUUGCCGAACUCAAGGCUGCGCGACAAGAAGAGAUCGAGACGUCGGAAGCCAAACAUCGCUUGCUGGCGAACCUCAUUCCGCAGAUUAUUUUUACCGCUACCGAGGACGAAGGCAUCACGUUCGCCAAUGACCAGUGGCUGUCCUACACCGGUCAGAGUUUUACUGACUGUUUGGGGUUGGGAUUCAUGGAUUUUGUGCAUCCAGAAGAUCUAGCCAAGUGCCAGAUUCCGACAGACCGGCCACCAACUCCGAUGCCACACAAGGGUCACUUCAGCAAAACGUCGUGGGGCGAGCCGCCACUCGACAGCCCUCACCGGACGCAGACAACACCAGCGACCGAUUCGAAUAUUCGAGGUGUCCAUCAGGCACUCUCUCGCAACAACAGCUCAAGCAGCAGCUCCGUAUAUGAGUUGCCCACAGCUGACCUAACAGAGCUCGCGAGAAAGGGUAUCAUCAAGGUCUCCACAGACAGCAACGGCAGACUCUCAUACACGACCGAGGUCCGGCUUCGUUCCAAGAAGGGCGCCUAUCGAUGGCAUCUUAUCCGGUGUGUCGAAAUCGACAACAUUGACUUUGGAAGCGGCGCAAGCUCCUUCUUCGGUUCAGCCACAGACAUCAACGACCACAAGCUACUCGAGGCCAAGCUCAAAGAGGCUAUGGAAUCGAAGAGCCGGUUCCUCAGCAACAUGUCGCACGAGAUUCGCACCCCUCUCAUCGGAAUCUCUGGCAUGGUCAGCUUCCUCCAGGAUAGCGUGCUGAACGAGGAACAGCGGGACUAUACGAACACGAUCCAAACGAGCGCCAACAGCCUUCUCAUGAUUAUCAACGACAUUCUCGACCUGUCCAAGGUCGAUGCUGGCAUGAUGAAGCUCAAGUAUGAGUGGUUCCACACGAGAGCCCUGAUCGAGGACGUCAAUGAGCUUGUCUCGACCAUGGCCAUUGCGAAACGGCUCGAGCUCAACUACGUCGUCGAACAAAACGUCCCGACGUGGAUUAAAGGAGACAAGGUCAGGAUACGACAGGUGUUGCUCAACGUCAUCGGUAAUGCCAUUAAAUUUACCUCGGAAGGUGAAGUCUUUAGUCGCUGCAGAGUGUACACCUCGGAGACGGCCAUGCUCAUGCCCAACGAAAUCAUGCUCGAAUUUGCCAUCAUCGACACGGGCCGCGGCUUCACAGAAGAGGAGGCGGAGCUUAUUUUCAAACCAUUCAGCCAGAUCGACGGAAGCAGCACCAGGCAGCACGGCGGUAGCGGUCUGGGUCUCGUCAUUUCCAGGCAGUUGGUCGAACUUCACGGAGGUGUCAUGGAGGGCACGGCAGUUCCUGGCAAAGGCUCAACCUUUACUUUUACAGCCCGUUUCACCUUGCCGACCGAAAACGAUCAUCCCGACGUCCCUGUGAGUCCGGACAUCAUGGCAUCACAGCCGAAGCCAAGGGUGUCGUCAUCCGAACCGAAGCAACCAGCAAGCAGACGCCUCAGGGACGAAGCCAUGGCGCGAACCAGCCCCUCGACUGACGAGGGCACAACCUCGACAGCUUCUAGCGGCAGCUCUGUGCCGUCCACCCACUCUGGGCGUUCGCAAGACACCGGGCGGUCGUCCGUGUCGUCGAUCAACGUGGGCCUCGUCCACUUUAGUGAGGCCGCUCGCGCGAGUGGACAAGACUUGUCGCAGAUGAAAUUGGAGAUACCGCCAAGCGACACGUCCAGUGAUGCCACGCCAACCAACGACUCGAACAAGAUGCUGGGCGCAGCGGAAGAGUUCCGACCACCAAUGUACUCCAUCCUCAUCAUUUGCCCCCAGACGCACAGUCGUGAGGCUACAACCCAGCACAUUGAGCAGACGCUGCCCAAAGAGGUGCCGCGUCAGAUUACUGCGCUCAAGUCCAUGGUGGAGGCAGACAAGCUCAUCGGCGGCGACGACCCUGUUCACUUUACGCACAUUGUCCUCAACCUGCCCUCGCCCGAGGAACUUGUCGCGACGAUGACCAAGAUUGAGCGCAAUGUGGUGACGGACAAGACAACGGUCCUCGUUCUCUCGGACACGGGUCAGCGGCAGGCGGUGAUGAAACUGGUGGCCGAGUCGAAGCAGGAGGCGCUGCUGUCGGAGGAACGCGUGACAUUCAUCAACAAGCCGGUCAAGCCGUCCCGUUUUGCCGUCAUCUUUGACCCCGAGAAGGUGCUCGACUCGAGCAUCGACCGCAACCGGUCGACGGCGCAGCGCAUGGUGGAGAGCCAAAAGGCCAGCUACGAGGAGAUCGGGAAGCGCAUGGGCAAUAAGGGGUACAAGGUGCUUCUCGUCGAGGACAACUCUGUCAACCAGAAGGUGCUGCAGAAGUACCUUAAAAAGGUCGGCGUCGAGGUCGAGGUGGCGGCGGACGGCGUCGAGUGCACGGAUAUGGUGCUGGCGCGGGGCCACGAGUACUACUCUCUCAUUCUGUGCGAUCUCCACAUGCCGCGCAAAGACGGCUACCAAGCGUGCCGCGAGAUUCGAGAGUGGGAAGUCAACAAUCGGCUGGCUCGCAUGCCCAUCAUUGCCCUGUCGGCCAACGUCAUGUCGGACGUGCAGGACAAGUGCGUGGCGGCCGGGUUCAGCGACUACGUCACCAAGCCGGUGGACUUUAUCAGCCUCAGCAGAGCCAUGAGCAAGUUCUUCUGA